UGAUAGGAGCGGCAGCGGGGGGUGGGGAGGGACGUUAGUGCGUCUCUCUGGUGAUGACAAAGUGGCUGCAAUCUUAACGGCUUUCCGUACAAACACUUCCGGCUCGCUAAUAUGCCUCGGCUGGACGGUGCGUAGAAAGUGGUGGCAAAUAAGUUUUGCGUUUAUUCAGUCGUUUUAAAAACGCACACACAGAAAAACCAAGGUGUGCAUUCAUUCAGCUGCUUCGAUGUUUGCUCGAGGAGAGCGUGGCUUUCCGCCUGUGGUUGCAGGCCCUCCCUGCCGUUUUCCCAUGUCUCAAUGGACUCCUACAUGUAAUACAGUCUAUACCCUCGAAGCGGAUAUGAAGAGUGACGUUUCUUCUGGUGCACCAAAGAGCCAGGAGAGCCUGAAAGGGAUCCUUUUGAACCCUCCUCAGCCCAUUGAGGCAGCCAAAAGUUUCCCUGAAGAAGUUGAGAUGAUUGCCAACAAAGUCGGGGAUGAAUUCUCUCACCUUUGUGGUGACUCUCAGAAGCAGAAGGACCUCAAUGGAAAUCGCCCGGAGCAAGAAACCAUAGUCAUGCGCAAGAAGCGUAAAAACCAGCAGGCUGGUCCUUCCUAUGCUCAGAACUGUGGCGGAAAAGAGAACCCCCGGAUUUUAGGGUUAAGGCAGCGUCUCGAUACGCAAAGCGAAGACAAUGACUCAUCUUUUAGUGACUGUGUCUCUUCACCUUCAUCUAGUUUGCAUUUUGGAGACUCUGACACAGUAACGUCUGAGGAGGAGGACAAGGAGGCGGCCCCUGUGAGGCAUGCUCGGCCGGUGUUGAAUGCUUCAAGCAGAACUCAUGGUACUCGGCCCCAAAAGUGGCCCCGGACAGAGACAGAGUCUGUUCCAGGGCUCUUGAUGAAAAGGCCCUGUUUCCAUAGCAGCAGUACUCUGAGGAGGCUCCCUUAUAGGAAGCGGUUUGUGAAAACCAGCUCCUCCCAGCGGACGCAAAACCAAAAAGAGCGGAUUUUAAUGCAGCGGAAGAAAAGGGAGGUAUUGGCUCGGCGGAAGUAUGCUCUGCUGCCCAGCUCGAGCAGUUCUAGUGAGAAUGACAUCAGUAGUGAUUCUUCUUCCAGCUCAUCCACUGAAGGAGAGGAAGAUAUUUUUGUGUCGACUGGCGAUAACCACCCAAACAGUACUGCUGUUCCUUCAGGGAGUAUUGAUGAAGAUGUGGUGGUGAUUGAAGCAUCCUCCACCCCCCAAGUCACUGCCAAUGAAGAAAUCAAUGUUACCUCAACAGACAGUGAAGUAGAGAUUGUAACAGUUGGAGAAAGUUACCGGUCUCGAUCGUCACUUGGGCAUUCUCGAUCCCACUGGGGCCACAGUUCAAACUCGCAUGCUUCACGGCCACAGGAGCAGCGCAACCGUAGUAGAAUCUCCACAGUCAUUCAGCCCCUGAGACAGAAUGCAGCAGAAGUAGUGGACCUCACAGUGGAUGAGGAUGAGCCCUCUGUUGUGCCAACAACUUCAUCUAGAGUGGAAUCUCAGACUGCAAAUUCCACGUCCGAUGGUGGCCCUAGUGUCACGACCUCAGAGCAGGUCUCUGACGUAAUUUCUAGCAUCUCCAACAGCCAGUCCUCCUUGGCCCCAGAGCCUUUGGUUGUCCUCACCAAUAGUGGGACUGCAGGGAAUCCAGCAGGAGAUGACUCAAGAGGAAAUACCUCAAGUACAACACUGGAAUCUGGCCCUCCUGCAAUGCCAAGGCUGCCGUCAUGCUGCCCCCAGCAUUCUCCAUGCGGCGGCUCCUCGCAGAACCACCACAUCCUGGGGCACCCUCACGCCAGCUGUUUUCAACAACACAGCCAUCAUUUCCACCAUCACCACCACCACAACCCCCACGCAAGCGUCCCUCUCUCACCAUCGUUCAGCGAAUCCAGCUGCCCUGUUGAAAGGCCUCCCCCAGUGCCAGCACCUGCAGGAUCAAGUAGCAGUUCUGGCACCCCGUACCAUGAGCAGCAGGCACUCCCAGUGGACUUAAGCAACAAUGGCAUAAGGAACCACGGAAGCAGCUCUUUCCACGGAGCAUCAGCCUUUGACCCCUGCUGUCCAGGAGCCUCUUCCCGAACAGCCAUAUACGGGCACCAGGCGGGUGCUACUCCCAGCCAGCCCAUUGCCAUAGAUGGAUACAGUGCGAACAUGGUUGCCCAGCCCCAGCCUCAGCCCCCACCGCAGGCUUCUCUGGCAUCCUGCCGGCAUUAUAUGUCAUAUGCCUCUUUGACUCGGCCGCUUCAUCAUCAAGCUGCUGCAUGUCCCCAUUCCCAUGGAAACCCCCCUCCCCCUGUUCCCCCUCAGCCGCCACAACCCACUUCACAAGUGGACUAUGUCAUCCCUCACCCCGUCCACCCCUUCCACCCUUCCAUAUCCUCGCAUGCCUCUUCCCACCCUGUCCCACCUCCGCCGCCCCCACACCCAUUGGCCAAUGCUGCUGCCCCAAUCCCACAGCCCCUCCCAGCCACCCACCAGUCUAUUUCCCAUCACAUCCCUGCCACGGCAUCUCCGGCCCAAAGGCUGCACCCUCACGAGGUGAUCCAGAGGAUGGAGGUCCAAAGGAGAAGAAUGAUGCAGCAUCCAACGAGAGCACAUGAACGACCACCACCACAUCCUCACCGGAUGCAUCCCAACUACGGCCAUGGACAUCACAUUCAUGUACCACAGACAAUGUCUUCGCACCCACGUCAAGCACCAGAGAGAUCUGCCUGGGAGCUGGGAAUCGAAGCAGGAGUGACUGCAGCUACCUACCCACCAGGCCCGCUGCAUCCUCACUUGGCUCACUAUCAUGCACCUCCUCGACUUCACCACUUGCAAAUAGGUGCUCUUCCUUUAAUGGUUCCUGACAUGGCGGGCUACCCUCACAUUCGUUACAUUUCAUCGGGAUUGGAUGGAACUUCAUUCAGAGGCCCUUUCAGGGGCAAUUUUGAGGAAUUAAUUCAUCUGGAAGAACGUUUAGGAAAUGUGAAUCGUGGAGCUUCGCAAGGGACAAUUGAAAGGUGCACAUAUCCACACAAAUACAAAAAGGUAACAACUGAUUGGUUCUCACAGAGGAAACUGCACGGCAAACAAGAUGGGGAGGAAGGAACUGAGGAAGAUACAGAGGAAAAAUGUACCAUUUGUUUAUCUAUAUUAGAGGAAGGUGAAGAUGUCAGGCGCCUUCCAUGUAUGCAUCUCUUCCAUCAAGUGUGUGUAGAUCAGUGGUUGAUCACAAACAAGAAGUGCCCCAUUUGCAGAGUGGACAUUGAGGCUCAGCUGCCAAGCGAAAGUUGACACCCUUUUGCCUAAAACCUCUUGCUCUCCUUCACGCUCAUCCUUCCUGGUACUGCAGUCAACCAAAGAUGGCAUGACUUACCUGUGCAGAUGUUGGAAGCAUUUGAACCUGCUAGAGUGCUGUUUGUCUGCUCUAUGGUAUACCUAAUGCUAAACCUACAGUUCAGUGUAUUUAUAAAGCUUUUCUUUUGUUUGUUUAGACCGUACAGUUUCCCCUACUCUUAACACAUUUUCUUGUACAUUUUGCAUGGUUCCUUGUAUUGCAUUUCUUUGCACAUGUUAUGGGCUUAGUGACCUCUCCAAACUUGCAGGCAAGAUUAUCUGCUUUAGAAAGUAGAAUUGUGUGGUUUUUUGGUUUUGGGUUGGGUUUUUUUUUACAUAGAGUCAGGCUUAUUCAGAGUAUGAUUUCACUCAAUACUAACCUCAGAGUCCUUAAUUUAAUCAUGUAUUUUAGUUCUAAAUGUAUAAAGAUCAAAAAGGAUAUUAUUGUGUUUUUAAGACAUUCCUUAAUUAGGGGGAAAAGCUGCUGUAUACUUGUGUUGGAAAGAGACGCCAAGCACUUCUCCUGUACAAGCCUCCUGAAAGUGAAUGGGAGCCUUGUGAGAGCUCUGCAGGCCGCUGUUUGUUCCAAGUUGCACCAUCCGUAAUAAAUAACUGGGAACAUAACCUUCAAAUCCUUUUAUUUCAAAUGGCAUAACCAAUUAUUGGAUCAUCCUUUUCAGAUCACAUGUUCAUGUUCUUAAACCUUCAGCACAAUGCAGAUAUAUUUGAAUGUCAAUAUUAAAAACAUUUAGACUGCUGUCUGAUUGUAUGUACCAUUUUCUUAUGUCUAGCAAUUUGAAUUUCUCUAACGUAAUAUUUUGCUGCUGUGAAACAGCUCUAAUGAACACUAAAUAUUUGAUUUCAACUAGCUGGGUUGUAGAUACAUGCAGAUUGAAUAAAAUAAGUUUGCAGGAAAACAGGGGGGAGGACAGGCUGUUUUUAUUUGUUUGUUUGCUCCUCAGUCUUAAUGCUAAAUUCAUCUAAAGAUCUGCACAAGCUGGUUUUGUAAAAAAAUAAAAAUACAAAAAUUGGGGUUGGGGUUUGGGGUAACUGCCACAAAGAUUAAAUCAAGACUUUGAAUUUAACUUCCUAAGGCAAAUAUCCAUGACUUCAUAGAACUUUGGAAGGUCCCUUGCCCUGUCAUGGGAACUGGGUGGUGUUUGGGUUUUUUUUUAAAUUUAGUUUUACAGUUAAUAAAGUUAGCUGAAUCCA